AGAUAAAGAGAAGUGGAGUGACUAGGUUUGGUUAGGAAAAAGACAAAGAAGAGUAUGCCAGAGACUGAUGAUUCUUCAUGCGUUUACAAGAACCGUGACGCGCCAGUGGAGGCGCGUGUGAAGGACCUUCUCUCUCGCAUGACUUUGCCGGAGAAGAUUGGUCAGAUGACUCAGAUAGAACGCUCCGUCGCUUCUCCUCAAGUCAUUACACAUUCUUUCAUCGGCAGUGUACAGAGCGGCGCCGGAAGUUGGCCGUUCGAGAACGCCAAAUCAUCGGAUUGGGCUGAUAUGAUUGACGGUUUUCAGCGUUCAGCGUUAGCGUCGCGUUUGGGAAUUCCAAUAAUAUACGGCACUGACGCCGUUCAUGGCAACAACAACGUCUACGGCGCCACUGUCUUCCCCCACAACAUUGGUCUCGGAGCUACCAGAGACGCCGAUUUAGUCAGAAGAAUUGGUGCUGCAACAGCACUUGAAGUAAGGGCUAGUGGCGUUCACUGGACGUUUGCUCCAUGCGUGGCCGUUUUGGGAGAUCCAAGGUGGGGACGAUGCUAUGAGAGUUAUGGUGAAGAUCCUAAAAUUGUAUGUGAGAUGACUUCACUUAUCUCGGGCCUACAAGGCGAGCCACCCGAAGAACACCCUAACGGUUACCCUUUUCUUGCAGGAAGAAACAACGUGGUCGCGUGUGCUAAACACUUUGUUGGAGAUGGUGGUACCGAUAAGGGCUUAAGCGAGGGGAACACCAUAGCAUCAUAUGAAGACUUGGAGAAAAUUCAUGUUGCUCCCUAUCUGAAUUGUAUUGCUCAGGGAGUGUCUACCGUUAUGGCAUCUUUUUCCAGUUGGAAUGGAAGUAGACUCCACUCCGACUAUUUCCUCUUGACGGAAGUUCUCAAACAGAAACUCGGUUUCAAGGGAUUUCUAGUUUCAGACUGGGAUGGUUUGGAGACGAUUAGCGAGCCAGAAGGUUCAAACUACCGUAACUGCAUCAAACUCGGGAUUAAUGCUGGAAUCGACAUGGUGAUGGUACCUUUCAAGUACGAACAGUUUAUACAAGACAUAACAGAUCUGGUUGAGUCAGGGGAAAUACCGAUGGCUCGGGUCAAUGAUGCUGUUGAAAGAAUACUUAGAGUGAAGUUUGUUGCUGGUCUCUUUGAACAUCCUCUCGCGGACCGAUCUUUGUUGAGAACUGUUGGCUGCAAGGAACAUAGAGAAGUAGCACGUGAAGCGGUUAGAAAGUCGUUAGUUUUGCUGAAGAAUGGUAAAGAUACUGAUACACCAUUUCUGCCACUAGACCGUAAUGCGAAGAGGAUUCUAGUGGUUGGAAUGCAUGCAAACGAUCUUGGAAAUCAGUGUGGAGGAUGGACAAAGAUAAAAUCCGGUCAAAGCGGCAGAAUCACAAUUGGCACGACAAUUUUGGAUGCCAUAAAAGCAGCAGUUGGAGACAAAACCGAAGUGAUCUACGAGAAAACUCCAACAAAAGAAACCUUAGCCUCGAAUGAAGGCUUCUCCUACGCUAUCGUUGUAGUGGGGGAACCUCCCUACGCAGAGAUGAAAGGCGAUAACUCGGAACUCACAAUACCUUUCAACGGUAACAACAUUAUAACCGCGGUUGCAGAGAAAAUCCCGACUCUAGUGAUCUUGUUCUCCGGACGGCCUAUGGUUUUGGAGCCAACGGUUCUUGAAAAGACCGAGGCUUUGGUCGCUGCUUGGUUCCCUGGAACUGAAGGGCAAGGGAUUGCUGACGUCAUUUUCGGAGAUUAUGAAUUCAAAGGGAAGUUACCAGUGAGCUGGUUCAAACGCGUAGACCAGUUGCCGCUAAACGCUGAUGCCGAUUCUUAUGACCCAUUGUUUCCUCUUGGUUUCGGUCUUACUUCCAAUUCCGGUUAACUGGUUUAACUUCACCGGUUAACUUGUAUUAAAAAUGUGCGAUUAUC